AUGCUGCCCUGCUUAUUCUCUCUGAAUAGCCUCAUUUACUUCACAUCAUGGAUCUUGGCAUGCGAAGCCGCCUUUGUCCGGCGUUAUCCAUGUGAAUCUAGCCCUGGCCUUCGGAGGAACGGCGACUUCCACUUAGACAGCCUGAACGGCAAGAUCCACCAAGCUGGAGAGACGACAGUCUUGACAUUUACACUGUCGAGCUUCUACAAUGCCUCCCAGUACAAUUGCGACGAGCUGCUACUGGCUGGGAGCGAAAGCAAUGGACAAUUUCGAGUGGCUGGGUAUCCCGUCGGUCAUCUGGAUCAGGUCAAGAAACAUUGUCGUCCCGCCCCGGCGAUCUGGCGACUUCCUGAAUCAUCUGCGCUCUCGACAUGGGAGCUCAGCUAUUCCUUUGACUCUCCUCCUCGCCUGCAGACGCUUGCCACAGAAGUCAGUUUUAGUCUUCACAGGGGCCCCGAUCCGGAGCUUGGCUGCGUGGCUGUCCGGAUUACACCAGAUAUAGGACCCGUCGCUUCGGGAGUUUUCACGUUUAUUCCCGCCAGCAUCAUUGUCCUGGUGGGUUUAGCUUCGUGGCUCAGCCACGCAGAGCAAACGCGAGGAUAUCCCGCAUCCAACCUGCUCCUGAAGCGUCAGAGCCUGUUAGCCCGAAUCCUAGUCGACAUCGCCGACUAUGUUCGCUAUCUCCAGUUCAUCUUCCUUGCCGCCUCGCUUUCAAUGCAGUACCCCGGCUUCUACCAGCCCGUUGCCAGCCAACUCGCCUGGUCGUCGCUGCUGUACUGGACCGGGCCAGUCGAACACGGCUUCACAUAUCCGGGCGUGGAGGACGGAUUCUACGCGAUCAACGGCACGUACGGACUGGAGUACAUGGCGCAGAACCUGGGGUUCCCGACCAUGUCGGAUAUCAUGGUCGACGCGCUGAUCAAUCUGUGCAUUUUAGGGCUUGGAUUUGUCGCUCUAAUGCUGAUUGUUUGGCUGGUUAGAUGCGGAUCGUGGCCUUCCUCGGCCCUGUCCAAGGAAUCUGUUGCUAGACAAAUCAAGGAAGCAGGCUGUGGAAUGAUUGCCGUCCCAUUGCUGCUCUUCAGUCUGCCUCUGCUGGCUUACCUGUCCUACCAGCUCAUUCUGGUCGGAUACCUGCCCGGCUACCGCAUCUCUCUGGUGGUAUUGAUGAUCGGGGUGUUGAUAGGGUCCAAUAUCUUCAUUGCUCGUCAUCAAGGCUGCCAAUCUGAUUCCGAGGAAGCCCCUUCCAAAGCCACGGUUGAUGUCUCACACUAUGUGCUCUAUGGUGUCCCCAUGGUUCAGGGACUGGCAAUUGGCGGCCUACAACUCUGGGGAUGGGCACAGCUUCUGCUGCUUGGGGCCUGCGAGGUGCUGGUCCUGGUGCAUCUGGUCGUUCAGCGUCCGACCGGAAUUAUUCUAUCCAGAAAUAUCUGGUGCGCUGCUGUUCGUUUGGCGACAAUCAUCUUGAGCAUCUGUUUCGUGUGUCCGUUAAGCGAGUCAGCCCGGCAAUGGAUCGGAUAUUUCAUGCUCGGACUUCAUGGCUCGGUUGUCGUCUUUGGAUUCCUGUUCAUUUCUCUCUGGCAGAUUGGCCGUAUUGUCUAUCUACGGAAUUCUUCACGUCCCUUACCGCCUCUCCAUCCGUACGAGUUAUCGUCUCAUUCCAGCAGAAGCGUGAAUGCCGAUGCAAAAGGUCAACAGAGAGAUCCGUUGAGCGACGUUCCAGAUCGGUAUCGUCUACACGCUGCUGCUUUGCCAGAAUCAGUGCCACACACACUUGAUACGUCCAGCUUUUAUCGAACCCCGCGGGCUCGGACGAGCUGUGGUGCAUUAUCCGAGAUAGAGAGUCGCCGGUCCGAGUCUAAUACCUCCUCUACAGCUUCCAGUGGGGAUUCAAUGCACACCGUUGGUGAUUCUUAUACGUUGGAUGAGCUUCUCCAACGACCCAGCCGAUCCGACGUCGAUUAUUCGGUCCGCGAGUCGGAUAUGUACUACGGCCGGAUUGGCACUUCACCAUCGGAGCUGCCGAGGACAGAGGAUGAAACAGAAACCAGUCGAGAGACUUUCUCUCAGUGGAAGCGUAGAGCAGUAGAGCGGUUGAGGCGGACCGGGAACCAGGAGAAGGGAUUUGUGGUGAUACGGCCACGGCCGACAUAG